UGGGAUAAUUGGCAAUGAUGACGUUUCCAAAAUGGCGGAAGGUGGCGGUAUUGAUGAUGUUGGAUGGCAUACGGACUUAGUUUUGGCGCUGUCAAAACAGAAGGAUAUCGACAGAUUGCGUGAGCUAUGUCGGGGACGAAAAAUUCCAGCUGAAAAUAGAGCGGACGUGUGGAAGGUUUGUCUGAACGUGGUCGGCAAACCAGAUGCGUUGUCAAGUUGGGAUGGCUUGUUAGAUCUUAAUGAACAGGAGACUAUUAGGGACGACUGUCGCAAACAAGCGACUAAACUUCGACUACCAGAAGAUGAAGCAGAGGAGGUGGCAAGAGAUAUGGAAGGCAUCGUUACUUUCUACUGCAAGUCUCGUAAUGAGAAAUAUAACUCUACAAGUGGUCUAACAGAAGUGCUUGCACCUUUUAUGAUGUUGGAACUGCCUAUGAAUGAUGUCUAUAAUUGUUUUUAUGCAAUGCUCUAUAAAUACAUUCCCAGGGACUGUGUACGAGAUGGGAAACCAUUUCACCUGUUUAGACUUCUCUUGCAGUAUCAUGAUCCUGAACUGUGCUCAUUCUUGGAAUCAAAAAAACUCUGGCCUGAUAUGUAUUGUCAGAGAUGGCUUCGCAGUCUUUUCAUGGUUGCAUGUGAAACAGAAGUGUUAAGAGCCAUAUGGGAUUUAUACCUGCUGGAAGCUGACCCAUUUCUGGUGUUUUUCCUCAUGCUUGUAAUGGUCAUUAAUGGCAGAGAUAUGCUAUUUGAGAUGGAACAUGAAAACAAAACAGAACUAUUAGAAACAAUAUCCUCAAUUCCUCUUCAGUUAGAGGAAGAUGACAUUGAAGACUUCUGUUCUUUAGCUCAGUAUUAUGUGUCAAGGACACCACAGUCCUUUAGAAAGGAUUACUAUAAUCAGCUAUUUGGUAUCAAAACUAUUAAUUCCAACAGUAUUUCUCAAGCAUUGUGUUUACCGGUUUCUGUAUCAGAACUAGUUGAAGUGAAUCAAUCUUCCAAGAAGGAUGGUGUGAGGUUCUUUGUAGUGGACUGCAGGCCUGCAGAUCAGUACAAUAGUGGUCAUCUUCCAACUGCUUUUCACUUGGAUGCUAACUUGAUGUUGCAAGCUCCAUCAGAGUUUGCCACAGCAGCCAGUGCAUUGUUUGCCACACAGCAGCAAUCCAUUGAAGCAGGAUCUGCAGCAAGUGGGGAACAUUUGUGUUUCAUUGGCUCGGGACGUGAAGAAGAAGAUCAGUAUGUUCACAUGGUCAUUGCUAACUUCCUUCAGAAAAAGUCCAAAUAUGUCAGUAUCGCACGUGGAGGUUACCAAGCCCUGCAUGAACUGUUAUCUGACAACUUAUCAACUGGACUGGCAGACCACACAUCCAAUACCUGUAUUGUCUGCACACCAGAAGCGUUUUCAGAAGAUGAGAGUUAUCAUGAACUAUCCAGAGGGGAACAGAGCCCAAGUGAUUCCAGAGGUGGCUUAGUCAGCAUGCUUUCCUCAGCCAUCAAAUCAGGAACCCACGUAAGAGAGAAAAUAGGAAAAUAUAUCGCUGAUUCUCACCAUCCUGUAGAAAGACAUGUAAGUGAUAAAGACAGACAAAGCAAGCUGUAUAGAAACGUUCAACCGGUGUUUAGUAUCGACGAUGACGAUGAAGACGGAGAUAAUUACAGCGCUAGUUCAGAGGAAGAAACGCGAAGAGAAGCAGUGAACAUAGACACGUGGCUUCAUCGUAAAGAUGUCGCAGCGUCUUUUCAGUGCCACCAAAUAAUUCAAAACGGAUACUUAACUCCUAGUUAUAUUCUCCUUACGGAUGUUCAAAUGUUUGUUUUACGAGAGAUCCCCAAGAGAGACGGCUGGGCUUACAUUCAAAACAGACAUCAUUUGACUUCGGUGGUAAAAAUCACGUCUAAAAGACGUCACCCUGACUUGAUCACUUUUAAAUAUGGAACGAGUGAUGGUGAAACCAUUCAAGUCACCGAGACAGAAAGAUAUGUUAUUCCUAAUGCAAAGAAAGCAACCCAAAAGAUCAAAGAUAGAAUACUUAAGUUAAUUGACGAGCAUUAAUAAUUACAGUGAUUGAAUUUAUUCGUAUUUAUGGUUCAAUUUUUAAUAGGGCUGUUUGUUUUGAUUUCAGAAGCAUUCUCUGAACCUUAUGAAUUGUGUCAGAAAAAUUAUAAGGGAAAAGGGAAAAGGAAAAGGGAACAUUUGAAUGGCCCUUGUUGAACUCGGUAUAAUUAAUGUCUUAGCGUAUUAGCAUACAAUAAGUAAUGUUUCCAAACUUUGUUCGUUGUAUCUAGUAUACUGUGACAUGUGAUUCUGUUUUAAGCACUCACUAAGAUCCACUGAGUUUAUCUCUCGUCAUUUAUUUCCAGAAAUAACACAACUGCCAUGCUCAGCCACCUUACUGUGGAUGCCGGCUUUCUAAGUAAAUUCCACUUAAAACAAGUUUUGAAUGGAUAAGGUUGUUAUUCUGUUUACUCCUAACCAUUCAAUUUGAUUUUGGCUCACUUGAAAUGAAGAGCUUCUCCAACAUCGAACAUUGAUCAGUGUUUACUUCGUGUAGAUGGAAGAAAAGUUGCUACGUGACGACUUCUUAAUGUGUAACAUUUAUUUAUGACGGAUUAAGAGAAUUAUUUCACCCAGUCUUCUUGUUAAACCUUCAUGAUUUUUCACUAAAGAUGAUAACGUUAGUAUGGGACGCUCUUUCUGUACGUUCUCUGGGAUACUUGUGUCACGUGUCAAAUUAACCUCAAGAUGGCGGACGAGGAGAGAGAGAUGUAAGCUUCUAAGAGGAGCUUCGAAGGACGUUUAAUGUGGUAAUGGAAGCCCUAGAAAACAUCUCAGGUUAUGUAGGCUUCGGUUGCCGUAUAGUCUUGUGCUUUGCGUGAAAAAUAAAUUUAAGUGGUGUGACGGUUUAAUUUUGUUAAUAAGAAUGAGAAGAAACAAAUUAUUGAAUUAGUAACUUUCAAGUAUAUUUUUCACUUGUGAAUAUACUUAGAUCAUCUGUAUAGUGCAAAGUAACAAGUAAGGCAAGUUUGAAUUCUGUUAAUUUAUACAAAAAAGAGAGAUUUCAAAUGUUUACUAUUUUAACUUCAGAAUUGUGAACUUGCUUCAAUAAAAUGUGUUAAAUGUUUGUGAAAGAUUCAGGAUACAAUAAAGCAUGAACAAGCGUAAA